AUGGAGAGCCGGCUUCUGUGGUGUGGGGCCCGGGCGGGAUGCCUGCACCCUCCCAGCUGGCUCUCGGCUUGGUGGUUCCUCCGGUUGCUGCUGGUGCCCUGGAUCCUGCAGCUAGCAGGAGGGAUAUCAGUGACCCACACCGGCCUCCCUAUCAUGGUCUGUCUGGCCAACACGCCUGUCUCCUUUAGCUGCAGAAUCAACCAUCAGGACACCCCAGAAUUCAAGGACUUCACUGUUAGCUUCUUUCACGAAGAUCUCCACGGCAAGAGAAGCUUGGAGAAGCCGGUUGACUGCCAACACAGUCCUGGCACGGGGAAUCAAACCCUGGAUUGCGUGGUUAAACUCAGCCUGCCAAAUGCAUCGGCCACAGGCACUUAUUACUACUUAGUCCAAGGGCGCGGCAUCUCGGCGCAGGGCAGUGGCACCUUCAUCCUGGUUAGAGACACAGCAUACCAGCCACCUUCAUUCAAGCUCCAGGAGGCCCUGUUGUUUGGCUUUACUGGCCUGCUGAGUGUCCUGAGUGUGCUGGGCACAGCCCUACUGCUUUGGAAGAAGAAACAGAUGUCAGUUCUGGGCAAGUACAUCACCAGGACAUGCCCUGCUCCCAAAUCCGCCAACAGAACCACGAAGCCUCCAGCAGAAUCCAUCUACACGGGCCUGCAGCCCAGAGAGGCAGAGGUCUACGCCUGCAUCGAGGGAGAGACUGGCAGCCCUGUUUCCAGCCAAAGCCCUCCCUCCAAGGAUAAAUUGAAUAGGUUUGAGGAAGACAAUGAAUUCAACCUGGUCUAUGAAAAUCUCUAGGAGAAGUUCUAGGGGCCCCUGAGCCUUGUCUUGGAUUAGGACCCCAAGGCCACUUCUCUCGUCCAAGGACCUGAUCAGGGCCAGGAAUAGGGUCCACAGGACAUGGCAUCACCUUGCCUGCACAUGGCCCUCCCUGCCUUGGCCUGGCCCGCUCUCACAUUCUGCAUGCCAGCCUGUAGUUUACAUCUCUGGGCUUUUGCCCAGCCUGUUCCCUCCAUCAAGAGAGCCCUUCUUCCCCUGGGCCUGUGGGCGAAGUGCUCCUCAGUCCCACCGGGCUCUCUGGGACACCACCUCUUUACCUCUUCAUCCCGUACUGCCAUCCCCUGCAGAGCUGGAUACAUGGCUCUCUGGGCACCAGCCUACAUCUUGUAGCCCACUACUACACAGACCUGCCCGUAGUGGGACCCCUGUCAGGGCUGUGCCUGGCCACUGAGCCAUGCUACCUGCUCAGUCAGCCCAAAGGCACAAGGUGGCCACGCACUGGGCGGAACUGGAAAAUGGGAUGGCUAAGGAGAGAUGAGGAAUGGGCACCAAAGCACUGCACAAAAGCUAGUUGGGCCCAGGGCCAGAUGUGGAGGCUUAAGAUAAGACAAGUGGUGGUGAGCCAAGGCCAGGAGCGGGGAGGUUCCGUACACACUGGUGAGAAAGGAGAGUCUAGCUUGUUUGGGGUAGGGGUGGAGGGCUGGCUAAACAGGAGCCCCCCAGCUGGUUUCCCAUCAGCCUGUGUGGGCACUCACUUCACUGUGCCUACUGCCCUCGGCUCUCCAGGCCUCUGCUCCUUAUUCUACCCUAAGACUCAGUCCCCCAAGGCCCUCCUUGUGGCCUAUCCUGGCCCCACCACCUGCGGCUUCACCCCCUUUUCCUCUGCCUUUAUUUAUUCGCUUUUGGCCCACCCUGCCCUCACUUCAGAUGGAGACCAGCCUACCUGACUCAUCCCACCUCUGUGUGGCUUGUGCUCGGCUUCCUGGGGUAGGC